GGUUCAAAAGUCCCGUCUGGCUUUCCGUAUCUUACGAAAUGUUCGCCAAUUACGUUUUAACUACAGAAGUCUGCGUGCUGACAUUGAGGACAACCACACUCACCUGUGUUCCUCACCGCUUAGUAAAAUAAAAAAGGUUCCUUCCUCAUCAUGGUGUCAGGAAAGCGACUCGCGGACAUCGGCUACCGGGCGUUUUCCACCUCCAUGAUGCUGCUGACGGCCUACGGGGGGUACCUGUGCGCGAUGCGAGGGUACCGCUACAUGCAGAAGCAGAAGCAACUGAAGCUGGCAGCGGAAAACCAGGACCCUGAAGUCAUGAAAGACUGACGGGCAGAUGUGCAGUAGGGGCCUUCUCCAGAUGUGGACAUUUUCUAUUUAUCCAUAUGUUGUUCUGCUUCGCUAAACAAUGCAGAUGUUGAUUCUCCUCAGGACAGCAAAUCACUGUGGGGGGGGGGGGGGUUUCGCACACAAGGAUGAGGUUUGAUAAAAGCUUCAACAAGCAAAUGACCGAAUAGCUUAUUUGUGUUGAGGCCUUCGUAAAAGAGAUUGCUGUGAUCGUUUGUAUUUGAUGUCCUUAAACACACGGAGCGAUGUAUUGUUCAUAAACAAGACUGCGACAA